UAGGCUUCAUUAGGCCCAUAAAGAUAUAGAUUCUUAACGAACUGUUAACGAACUUUGGUGGGAAUGACAAAUGUUAUUUUAUUAAUUAAUCCUGAAAAUAAGCUCAACGGUCGAUAACAAAAGGGUCAAAAACAGAGCAAAUCUCUCCCUCUCUUCCUCUCCGACCAAAACAAACAAACAAAAAACAUUCAAAGCUUCUUUGUAUCUUCUCAUGUCUCGUCGUCUGCAAACGUACGCACAAACCCAGAUCGAUUCGUCAUCGACGUUCAUACCCCUUCCAUAGAUUCGUCAAGAAGAUCAAAAAAGGUUCAAUCUUUUUGAAGUUUCGUUCAGAUACAGAAAGAUGGACUCACCGUCGUCGAGUGGAGAUUCAUUGACGGCGAGGAUGAUUCCACGGCAUUCAUCGCUAGAUUCCUUCGGAGCGAUGAAGGUCGUUCAACUUGUCAACCUCGCAAGCAUAAGGGUCUCUAAAGCAGAGCUUCGUCAAAGAGUCAUGCUUCCCAAAUACCUCCGCCUCGCCAUCCGCGACUGCAUCCUCCGUAAAGACGAUUCCUCCCCCGCUUCCUCCUCCUCCUCCUACCUAACGCCGGAGGUUCCUCUGAUGGUUUUCGUUAAUCCCAAAAGCGGUGGUCGUCAAGGUCCAUUGAUAAAAGAACGUCUCCAGAAUCUCAUCAGCGAAGAACAGGUGUUUGAUCUUACGGAAGUGAAGCCUAACGAGUUUAUAAGAUAUGGUUUGGGAUGCUUGGAGGUGUUAGCAGCACGAGGAGACGAAUGUGCUAAAGAGAUUCGUGAGAGGAUGAGGAUUGUGGUUGCAGGUGGAGAUGGAACUGUUGGUUGGGUUCUAGGAUGUCUCGGUGAACUCAAUGUACAAAACCGGCAACCUGUUCCUCCGGUUUCUAUAAUGCCACUCGGAACUGGAAACGAUCUCUCUAGGAGCUUUGGAUGGGGAGGUUCUUUCCCAUUUGCCUGGAAGUCUGCGAUAAAACGAACACUUUAUAGGGCAAGUAUUGCUCCAGUAAGCCGUCUAGAUAGUUGGAAUAUUUUGAUUACAAUGCCUUCUGGGGAAAUAGAGGAUCCUCCUUAUUCUCUAAAGACCACACAAGAAUGCAUCAUUGACCAGAGUUUGGAGAUAGAGGGAGAGCUUCCUCCAUCCAGGAACGGAUAUGAAGGAGUCUUCUACAAUUACUUUAGUAUAGGUAUGGAUGCUCAAGUGGCUUACGGUUUUCACCAUUUGCGCAAUGAAAAGCCUAACCUUGCGAAUGGCCCUAUCGCCAAUAAGAUUAUAUAUUCAGGCUAUGGUUGCUCUCAGGGUUGGUUCAUGACGCAUUGCACAAAUGAUCCGGGAUUAAGGGGUCUCAAGAACAUAAUGACAUUGCAUAUCAAAAAGUUAGACUCAUCCGAGUGGGAGAAAGUACCAGUUCCCAAAAGUGUAAGAGCAGUGGUUGCAUUAAAUCUACAUAGCUAUGGAAGUGGAAGAAACCCAUGGGGGAAUCUCAAACAAGACUAUCUUGAGAAAAGAGGCUUUGUGGAAGCUCAAGCCGAUGAUGGGCUUCUUGAGAUCUUUGGGUUAAAGCAAGGAUGGCAUGCUUCUUUCGUUAUGGUUGAACUCAUCUCUGCCAAACACAUUGCACAGGCGGCGGCGAUACGGCUAGAGAUAAGAGGAGGAGAAUGGAAAGAUGCGUUUAUGCAAAUGGAUGGGGAGCCAUGGAAACAGCCAAUGAGCAAAGACUACUCUACUUUUGUUGACAUCAAGAGAGUCCCUCACCAAUCUUUGGUCGUCAAAGGAGAUUGACUUGUUUAUAUUAAACUAAUCCCUUCUUAUCAUAUAUGUCAGCACUGUAAUUGUGAAUGACCACUUCCACAUAAGAAAACAUAUGAACAAGUAUACUACGAUAUAAUUAAAGAAAACCAAAUUGGCAAGGCUGGUUUCAGACAAGAAGUAACAAAGAUUUUGGAGUGGAUGAUGAGUAGAUGGACACUCGUAGAAGAACAUAUAUGAUUGGAUCAAUAGGACAUAACUUUCAUAAAAGUACUAAUUGCCAUUUGUACGUGCGAACCACUUGCAAUUUCUCAGUAGUGUCUUUUAGUACCAAAUCCACUAUAUAUAAGGGGUAAAACACUUUUACUAUUAAUAAAUCAUUUAUGUACUAUGAUCGGUUCUAUGAAAUUCUUCCAUACGAAACAAACAUAAAGGAAUUAUAUUCAGUCGAGUCAAUUCAAAAAUGAUUUUUUUAUUUGCUAAUUUCGAUCCUAUUUUAAUAUGAUCUUAUGAAGUAGACUAAAUUAAAAAAAUUAAUUUGAACUUCUCUUUUUACGUUUUUUACCGUUGUAUUAAACUAUUAAUUGUCUUGAAAAAUUCAAUUCAAAUCGUAAGAUAAAUCAAUUCAAAUCGUAAGAUAAAUCAAUCCAAAUAGAACUAUUUAUGGUUCGAGUACAAUUUUUCAUGAACCAACCAUAAAAAAACAGAAGAAUAAAAUACUAACUCUAAUGAAAAAACGAGAUAUGGAAAUACCCCCAGGUUAAAAAAAAAAACAAAAAACAACAAGAUAUGGAAAUGGGAUAAUGCAAGAAAUAUACGUGCCGACUACAAAGAAACUACAGUAAAAAUCUGAAUUGAUUACUUGAAUAUAACUCUUACUUGCAUGGGUUCGUGUCUCUUGAUGCUUCAUAUUACGACGUAAAUUUUUAAGAAAAACAAAUAUUACGAUACAAAAAUGUGAAAAUAAGUUUUGAGUUGCAAGCUACGCCAUAAACGCAUAGACCAUAGCUUUCUGGCUAAGUGUUGGGCUUGUUAGCAAGACAAUGGAACUUUCUCCCUAUAUUGAUUUAUUCAAAAAUCGUUAAAAAAAUUUCGAUGAAAAUGUUAAAGUGACCAAGCUACUAAGAUUCAACCACGGAAUUUGCUAGUUAACGCUUUCGAUUCCUUCACGGUUAUAUUGAAUCUCAGACAAUCUUCGUAUAGAAAAAAUGACGACAUAUACUGAGAAAUUUAGAUAUAUUACUAAUUAAAAACGGGAAAUAAAACAUAAACCUAGCUUUAACUCGGCUUCAAUUUUAUUAUUUGUUUCUUUAUUUCUUUAUUUUUUUGUUUGUAUAUCCCCUUUAUUUUAGAUUUCUUCUUUGUCUUAAAUUUUGUUGAGUACUAUUUUAUUGUAGCGUGGUAAAUCUGAUUAGCAAAAAAACACAAGGUUUUUAUUCUAUAUAUAUAUAUA